GUGUUUUGGAUAUAGCACAGAAACGUGCUCGCACACGCUUAGUCGUGUGCUUCCUUAGCCAGCCAGCCACGUUUAGCCAGACAAAGAAGAGCAGCAUCCUGCAGGAGGACAGCACACUCCCGGGGGAUGGGGCAUCAUACCCUUGCAUCAUGCAGGGGGGGCCAGAGGAGGCACAGAAGAGCCAUUCAGAAGAGUCGGGGGUCAAAGGUGAGAAGAGCAGAGGGCACCAUGGAGAGUGAACCAGGGGCCCCUGUUUCAACAACCAGCAGUACUGGAACCACCACCACCACUUCCUCCACUGCCAGCACCACAGCUGCCAGCAGUAGCAUCGCCUCGAGCACAACUGCAACUACUCCAACUAACAGCAGCAACAGCAGUAAUAACAAUACAAGUGGUAGUUCCAGCAAUAGUACCACAGCAGGGAGACAAGCGGUGCCUCAGAUUUCUGUUUACAGUGGGAUACCUGACCGACAAACAGUGCAGGUCUUCCAGCAAGCAUUACACAGGCAGCCUAACACAGCAGCACAAUACCUGCAGCAGAUGUAUGCUGCCCAGCAGCAGCAUCUGAUGUUACAAACUGCAGCCCUCCAGCAGCAGCACAGCCUCAGCACCGCUCAGCUGCAGAGCCUGGCAGCCGUGCAGCAGGCCAGCAUUGCAGCUGGUCGGCAAAGCUCCUCACAGAACAGCACUUCAACCCAGCAAACAGGAUCUACUCAAACUACAAUCAACCUGACAACAUCCCCAGCAGCAGCUCAGCUGAUCAGCCGUGCUCAGAGCAUUAGUUCUGCUCCCACCAGUAUUUCCCAACAGGCUGUUCUGUUGGGUAGCCCAUCCAGUCCCACUCUCACAGCCAGCCAGGCUCAGAUGUACCUGCGUGCACAGAUGGCCCAGCAGAGUAACCUUGUUCAAGUGGCGCGGAGUCUGGGCCGAGCCGUUCCUCUGUCCCCACAGCUAAUCUUCACCCCCACAGCCACGGUGACGGCGGUUCAGUCAGAUAGUUCUACACAGGCCUCCUCCCAGAAUCAGGUCCAGAACUUGGCCAUCCGCGGCCAGCAGGGGGUGACCACGUCGCUGUCUCAGACUCAGACCUUGCAGGCUCUCAGUCUGAAGCAGAGUCCUGUUCCUAUCCAGCCUGCCUCGCUGGUUAAGAGUCCCAGCCAGGGGAGCCAGGCCUCUGCAGGAGGGAAGGCCAGCUCCUCCGACAGCUCGGUUGAAGGAGGCAAAAAAGGGGACAGUGCAGCGGUCACUGAAGUCCGAGCUAUAAACAUGAGUCGCAGUGUCACAGCCGUUACUGCCCAGCCUUUAAUCGCUCCAGCAUAUACCCAAAUUCAGCCACACUCCCUGGUUCAGCAGCAAAAGCAACAGCAACAAUUUGUGGUCCAUCAAAGUCAAAGUUCCCAAAGGGCACAGAAUCAGCCUCUGCAGACGGCUUCCAUUCAGCCCUCACCGCACCCUGUCCCCAUGCUGCCCAAACCUACUCCUCACCAGCCUUCCACCCCCAGCCAGCAGGCUACCAUCUUCCACUCGACCAUCAGACCCCACGCGCUCCACUCUUCUCUCAGUCACUCCAAAGCUCAGCCCAUCCAGCUCACUGCCAUCAACCUGCAAAUACAGCCAACAGCUUCUCGAGUGGUUCAGGAGAGUAAAGAUAAGCCGACCUCACUCGUGGUCAGAGAGACGUGUCCAACUCCAACUUCACAGCAAGAGCAGCAACAAAAACAGCCAGCACCUUUACCUUCACAACCCACCAAGCCUGUGGAACCGCCCAAGGUCAACCCGCCCACACCAGCUGCUCAGCCGCAAGGAGGGAGCUCAACCAAGCUGCUGAGUUCUGCACCUGCAACCCCACCCCCUGCCAUGACCUCUGGAAACGAGAGCGAGGCGCCCAUCGUGACGGGCAGCACGCCUCAGAACGGCGAGAGCAAGCCACCGCAGGCCAUUGUCAAGCCUCAGGUCCUCACGCACGUCAUCGAGGGCUUUGUCAUCCAGGAAGGAGCCGAGCCGUUCCCUGUUUGUGUGGAGCGGCUGCCUAUUCUUAUCAACAGUCCAAAGAAGCUGGACCAUCAGCUGUCCUCAGACCCUGACAAAACUCCGGUCAGCAACCCAGCAAACACUACUGACUCUGAGCCCGAGGACAUGAACCAGCCAGAAAACGAACAAGAGCAGAUUCCAAAGCUGACCUGCGAGUACUGUGGCUGGGUGGACUUUGCUUACACAUUCAAGGCCUCUAAAAGAUUCUGCUCAGUGGUUUGUGCAAAAAGGUACAAUGUGGGCUGCACAAAACGAGUGGGCCUUUUCCACCCUGACAGGACGAAAUCAACAAGCCGGUGGCAUAGAAGAGCUCAGGGUCGUCCCAGUGUGGAGGCAAAGAAGCAGAAGGUGUCCCAUUCACCACAGCAGACUCAGGGGGGUUCGCUCUCAUCGCCCCACCCCUCACAACCCAGCCAGGAAGAGUCCAGCCCGUGCUCCGACAUGUCCAGCUACGAAGAGUUGCCGUCACCGCUGUCUGCAGCCAGCUCAGGGCCUCUGGCUCUUGCUCCGGCUCCCGUUCAGCUCCCCAUCCACCGGCAGCCCAGCAGGGCAUCUGAGCAGGAGGGCUGUGCUGGCAGGGACGCACCAUCGAUUUGUCAGCGUUUCACGCCAAACGACCCCACCAAGUGGAACGUAGAAGAGGUUUAUGAGUUCAUCUGUUCAUUACCAGGUUGUCAGGAGAUAGCAGACGAGUUUCGCUCUCAGGAGAUCGACGGUCAGGCUUUGCUCCUCUUAAAGGAGGACCACCUCAUGAGCACCAUGAACAUUAAGUUGGGACCCGCGCUCAAGAUCUUUGCACGUAUCAACAUGCUCAAAGACUCUUAGCAGCAUCAUUGGUGUGAGAGCAGGAACGCAGCCUGAACCCCAGGACACGAUAAAAGAUGAUGGCACUGACAACAUAGUUCUGACUGCACUACGAUGGCGCUGAUGGAGGAAUUCCUCUUGAUACAGAAUCACAAAGUAUUCGGCACCCGUUACUAUUCAAUAACACUGUGGCUGUGUGCAGCGCCUGCUGUUACUUCAGCAGCGUGGACAUUACUGAGCAACAUUUUUAAGAUCAGUCACAUCUACAAAGGAACCACAAUUAAAGAUGUGCCAAAAUCCCCUUUAGCAUAAAU